GCAAAGCGUCAGGGGUGCCACGAGAGAGAGCUGACAUUUUGAAUUCGAUGCGGGAUCCGAUGCCAUGGGGAAUGAUUUCUAUAAGCGCCCUCAGACAAGGUCUGCAGUAUGCAUGGGUUAUGCAAUGGUUGAUGGACAAUGGGCAGCCUUUCACAAAUUUUCCUCCUCGUCUGUCUCCCCCAUCCCUUCCUCCAACCACUCUUCUUUGCAAACAUAAUCACGGAGUUCAGCAAUGCCCCAAGAUAAAUUCUAUCUUUAUGCAUCUACUGCGCAUUUGUCUAGGGACAUUGGAAGUACAUGACAUAUACUUUUCCAAAUAAUAUCCUGAAGCAUCGUCACCAUCCCAGGCUCUUCUCACCAAAGACUUCAAGUGCCGGUAUUAGCUCUUGUGCUGAAGUUCCCGCCCCUGACAUUAUCUUUAUUUUUCAGAAAGGCUGUGCAGUGCUGUAGGGAUACAUCAUUGUUCGUUUCCAAUUUGAGGAUAAUCAUCAUGUCGAGCCUCAAAGAUAUCAUGGACGUAGAUGUGGAUCCUCUUCAAUCUCAAGCCUAUAGAAGGAAGGAAGCCGCUGAACAACAACAAGCUUCGCGACCAUCCAUUGAUCCUUCAUCUCAAAGUCCCUCUCCUCAGAUUGAUGAUACUAAAGGAAAGUUAUCUAUCAACCAUCGAAGAUCAAACCGAGUUUCAAAACCGCCCUCCCAGCCCACAACAUCGCGUCCAAACUUACGGCGGCGUAGCAGCGGUGCCGGCGAAGCUAUGGAUUUCUCGGCCUACCAAGCUGGCGGGUCAAGCCAAGGGAGCAUGUCUAGUAGUCCUCUGCAAACAUCUACCAGAGGAGUAAUAGAGCCCAUGGCAGAUAUUGUGCCUGUCAAAUACACACCUGUGACCGGACGUAUUAGCAGAGCAAAGAAGGGUAUGCCAGUGCAUACAUGCGACGACUGUAGGAAGGUUUGUUCUUGAGUUCAAUUUGAUUACGACUUCAUCAGCUAACAAGAACACAGACGUUCACCAGGGCGGAGCAUCUCAGGUAAGGACCAGGUCCCAUCCAGAUUACUAGUAUUGUAAAAAUACUUUACGCGCGAUAUGAUGGAGAUAAUAGCAGCUAUUUAUGCAUCAUGAGCAGAUAUGAGAACAGAAGGAACACUAGAAGAAGUAUAUGGACUAAUUCUUGAUGAUCCCCGAUUACAGGAGGCACAAACUGAGCCAUGGUAAACCUGCUUUUCCAUGUACAUUCGAAGACUGCGAGAGGACAUUCCACCGCCCUGACCUACUGGCCCGUCAUCUCAAUCGACAGUAAGUUUUAUCCGUCUUGAGUUCCAAGACCUAACUAAUAAAACAAAGCGACACACAAGGUGAAAAAGCAUAUAAAUCUAGUGACCCAAGAAGCAGGGCCUCCUCAAGUGCAUCAGAGAGUGCCCCUAUGAGACUAGAACCCACACCACACGCAAUAUCUAUGAACUUGAGUCAGAUGUCUCCAAAUAAUUCUAUGACACCGAGAACUUCAGCGGGAGGGGGAAAUUCUGCCGCAGCUGCAAAUUUUAACACAAUCACGGGCAAUUUCCAAGCUGGUGAUUUCUCAUCUCGCAGCUCUCACAAAAGGUCUGUUGGCCAGGCACAAAUGACUGACGCGGAAGUGUAUACUGGGGCAUCAGCUGGACCGAUCUCAUCCAGGUAAGCAUGGGCCAUAACUCCCAGAAUUUUUCUAAUGCCUUCUUCAUUUUACUAUGGGGAAGUACCUUUACUUGCUUUUGAUUACUCAUACAAACGAAUGUACAGAGAUUUCUUGACUGACACUAGGCAGGACUUAUGGUGAAAUGACUUCAACUUUCAAUGUAAGGCCCAUGCAGGAGUUUUCAGGCCAAGAUCCGUAUCGUACAACGAGCUCCAGCUUCCAAGGAUUGUAUAAUGAAGAUGCUUCCUCAUUCCAGAAUUAUAGCGCACCUCAUGCUCUACCACUUUUACGUAUUCCAGAAGAACCUUAUAUGCCAGGCUUACCAUACACACACGACAAUUCACCCUGGUGUUCGUCGGCUUCCGAUAGCACCUAUUCAACUCAGUCGGAGAGCUCACGAACGGGAAGAAUGACGCAAAGAGGCCGAUCUGGCUCAUUAGCCACAGCGCCCGAAUGGUCUAUUCCAGUGCCAAGCGCACAAUGGUCCCACGGUAUGUGCGAGCAUUUCGUGAGUGUAGUUCCAUCAAAUCAUAAACUGAUAAUACGGUACUUUUAGGUAUGGCCAACACCACAGCUCAGGGCCUCAGAAGUCCACCUUACGAAACAGUGAUGGAGUCUUAUGAUGCACCUUAUACGCCCCCUAGAAUGUCACCGCCAUCUCGGCAACUGCUUGAUGUGCCUGGCUUCGGGGGCUAUUAUAUGGAAUCAGUGGGUAAUCCACACACCUCAACAUAUAAUAAACACUUGGCUCAGACUUUUCUUGCAGCGUCCCCUUCGCGAUUAUCCAGCUCCCGAUUGGCAGUCCUUAAUAGAGGAUCGGAGGAGCUGGUGGGAUCCCAACAAUUAGAAACAUCGACAAACAUCAAAACGAUCACUUCACCUCCUUCCCAAUCCGCAAUCUCUAACCUUGAAAUCUAUCUUUCUCUAUUUUGGGAUAACUUCGACAAAAUAUUCCCGUUAAUUCACCGUGGGACGUAUAUAAAGAACCAAAACCUACUGCUCACCCUCGCAAUGGCUGCAAUCGGCACCCAGUACCGACCCUACCCUGAAGCACGAUAUCAUGGUGUUGAAUUCCACGUAUAUUGUGCUAAAAUAAUUCCUUUAGCCCUUGAUUGGACAAUACCAGUAAUGCAAGCAAUACUAAUUACCGAGAUAUUCACUCGUUUCCGUGGUAAAAAAGCCACGGUUCGCCUAUCUCUCCAGUUCGAAGAGUUAUACAGUCGGGUAAGUUGCUGUUCUUACGACUACCAUGGGUACAUUUGUUGAUUUCUAGCAGCUUCUGAACCUAUCAUACCCAGCAUCUGAAACUAAAACUGUUAUUGAUAAUGCUAGUACCUGUGCUGGCUUGACUGGUCACUUCAACACACGCGCUACAUCUAAAGACAUACAACGCAACUGGUUGCUCUGGGUCGACACCGAGUCACGACAACGUCUUUUAUGUCUAUGUUUUAUUUUCGACAUUCACCAAGCCAUGUUUUACCAGCAAAAACGAGCCAAAUCAUGUGUAAAUUCUACUGUACUAUAUGCACCCUGCUCGGAAGUCCUGUGGGAAUCAACUAACGCAGCCGACUGGGCUAUGAACGAGACAGGGGAUAAUGCAGGUCAACCACUUCAUCUCCUCCAACAUCAUUUCACUAAAGAGCACCAUUUUGAGCUUUCACAUUUCGCUCGGUCACUUAUCUUAUGCUCCUUGACGUCUCAACUCCCCAGCCGUGUUGUCUCUAACUAUCACUAUCUAAGCGACUUUGAAAUACACAAUACGGAUCCCACGAUACUCGAACUUGUAACAUUAUCUUCCGCAUCUUCAAUGGUACUUACCUACGUCGCGUUGUACCAUACCCCGCUCCGCGACCUUUUAGCUGUCAGCGGGGACACAUGGGUGUUUACUCAAAAAAUCACACAUCCAAACCAUUUCCGCGAAGCACAAUCCCGUCUCAAACUUUGGUCAUCGUCUCUAGCAGCAGCCACCGCCGCACAUUAUGCUUGCCUUGUUCUACUGUCCGAGUUUUCUGCGCCAUGCUACCCAUCUUCCGACAACAACACAAUGCAACAUUCUCUCGAUCUCUCUCAUUAUUGGUCUUUGAACGUUGCCGCAUUGAUCUGCUGGGCCUUUGGCCACCGUGUCAGCGGAAUUAGAGGUGCCUCCUUCCGAAACGUUACAGACCCAUACACAGCCCUAGACUCGAACACUUCUCCCGAGGCGGCUCGGGAGAACGUACGACUCAAAGCUCUUACAUAUCUCAACUGUAUGCUAGAGCUAGAUAUCAAAGAUCUUUUGACUAGCAAAUCGAUCAUGCGCACAGAGACCUCCUCUAUUAUUGAUGCAGUGCGCAUGCGACUAGAGGUCGAUAGUGUUGGAGGCCAAUCCAUGACUCUCGUUGAUUCUAUCUGUGUUCUGAAGCGCCUUAGAGAGAGCGAAAGAGGGAAAUGGUUCUGACCUUUCUACAUUAUCCCGCUUUUCAGUGUUCAUCAAUUUCUUUUGGUCAUUCACUUUAUCCUUUUUUUCUCUUUUUCCGGAUUGGCCUUGUGCAUUGUCUUUUAAUGCUUCUUCACUUCUCGACAGGGGAUAAAGAUAAUUAGCAAUGACAUGCCUCAUGUAAUGAUGACGGAUUUCUUUUAAUUUCUUAAUGUUUGUUUCAUUUCAUACAUGGGGGUUUCAUCUUCAUUUCGGGCUAUCUAUUUCCUUACUUUACUCAAGCUGUACAACAUCAUUUCUCAUCUGUAUAACUACCUGUAUCCUUUAUACUUUUCUCAUCUGUUCCCGCUUCUAUAUUCUCUUACGAGCUCUUUAAAUUCCCUAUUUUUUUGCACACGAUUGAUGUUAAUGAACAAAAUGCGUAUGGUGACAUAUCAUAGCUAGGGUUUGUGUUACUCCAGGGCUUGGUUGAUGGGAAAGAACUCACUACAUACGCACAAUACAUAUCGAUGAUACCCGCGGAGAUGUGAUAGCGAGCAUGAGCAAAGUAAGGAGAGGGAGGAAGGAAAAUUGCGCCUUGUACACUAUUGUAUUGAGGUUGUACUGUACUGUACUGUAUUGUAUUG